UUUCUUUCCUUCAUAACAUUCACAUACAAUUCUUCUAAGCUCUACCCAACAAGCAUACAUACAAAAAAUCGAAAAUUUUACUAUUAUUAUUAUUAUAGCAACAUGGUUUUGUCAUGGACAAAAGGGAGAGUGUUCCGGCGUGCCAGAAAGGGGAAAGAGUUGAAAAAUUUCGGUGGCGACUUGGAGAUAGACAUUGCGAUCCCCACCCACUUCCGGUGCCCGGUAACAUUGGACAUGAUGAAGGACCCCGUGACCGUUUCCACGGGCAUAACCUACGACCGCGACAGCAUCGAGAAGUGGAUCGAGUCCGGGAACCGCACGUGCCCGGUCACCAAAACGGAGUUGACAACCUUCGACAUGAUCCCGAACCACGCCAUCCGUAGGAUGAUCCAGGACUGGUGCGUGGAGCACCGUUCCCACGGCAUCGAACGGAUCCCCACUCCUCGUAUCCCCGUCACCCCGUACGAGGUUGCUGACACGUGUACGAGGAUCUUGUCGGCGGCGCAACACGGGGACGAGAACAAGUGCGUGGAGUUGGUGAGCAAAAUUAAAGCGUGGGGAAGGGAAAGUGAGAGAAAUAAGAGAUGCAUAGUUUCUAACGGUGCUGCUUUAGCACUAGCGAACGCUUUCAACUCUUUCUCAUCGCGUGGGUUGUUAAUUGAGAAGAACGUGGUUGUGUUGGAUGAGAUUCUGGGUGCUUUGGUAUGGAUGCGUCCUCUUUCUGAAGAGGGUAGAUCCGUGUUGGGGUCAUCGAGUUCUAUCUCUUGCAUGGUUUGGUUCAUGAACGGUAAACAAUUAUCCACAAGGCAAAACGCUGCUUUGGUUCUUAAGGAAAUGCAUGUUGAGGCUUUGGUGAAAUGUGUAGGAGUUUUUGAGGCUUUGAUUAACAUGAUUAAGGAGCCUGUUGGGAGUGGUUCCACCAAGGCCUGCUUGUCAACGAUUUUCAACUUGGUUAAUAAUAAAAGAGGCGUGACGACUUGUCAAAGGUUUGUGGAAUUGGGUUUGGUUGAUGUGGUGUUGGAGGUUCUUGUUGAUGCGGAGAGAGGGGUGUGUGAGAAGGCUUUGGGGGUGUUGGAUAGCGUUUGUGAUUGCAAGCAAGGGGUGGAGAUGGCAAAGGCUAAUGCUUUGACUUUGCCUCUUGUGAUUAAGAAGCUCUUGAGGGUGUCUGAGUUGUGUUCAAGCUUCGCGGUUUCGGUUCUUUGGAAGCUUUGUGACAAGAAUAUUGAAGAAGGGGUGUUGAUUGAGGCGCUUCAAAUGGGGGUGUUUCAUAAACUACUUGUUUUGUUGCAAGUGGGUUGUGGUGAGGGAACCAAAGAGAAGGCUACGGAGUUGUUGAAGUUGUUGAAUAGUUGCAGGAGCAAAGCUGAGUGUGUUCAUCAUUCUUCGUUGGAUUUCAAGCAUUUGAAGAAUCCCUUCUAAUUUGAUCUGGCUAUAGGAUAUGAGAUUUGAUUUCACUUCUUUUUUUUUUGUAUAGGUUGAUCAUACUGUAGAAACAGAAUAUAAUACUCUUGUACAAAGACGUACACAUACGGAGGAUACAAAUUGUAUCUCUUAACACUCAAUUGAAGUUUUGAAAUUCUUUUUUUUCCAUGGAAGGUUUAGAUUUGAGACACACGGACUUGUAAUUCACAAAUUCAGAAAUUACAAUAGAAGAAAAUGUUUUGGUUUAUUACAAA